GUCCGUACCCUCCGCCAUGCGUUACCUACGCUGUACGCAAAUAUCGGGACAAGUUAUGCGUGCUAUGGCCUUGUGGUAAGGCUCCACCGCAAUGCUGUGAACAACGAAAGCCGUCUGUUUCGGGAAAACGAAACCUCGGCGCCGUGCCACUGAAAUCCCAGCGGUGGAAUACAUUUCUCGGUGCUUUAACUUUGAGUAUAGCUCGGGAGUCGGCAUUCCAAGACGGUCGCCAUGCAUCCUGCAAUCGUAGCAGCUCUCAUAGCCUUCGUUUAUAGUGGACGCGCAACAUGCACCAAUGUGACCUGCACCACUAACGGCGACUGCACCGAUGGAAAAAUGUGCGUCACACAUUACAACUACACCUCCGGAUCAAAUUGCAAGACGCAGGGCCACUGCAUCGCUGUCACCGACAAGACGUGCUCGUGUCUCGAAGGAUACACCUGCCGACAAAAGGACUGCCCUAAAUCACCUUACGAAUGUGUCAUCAUCGAAAACGACGAAACAAGAUGCGGCGGUAAAAACGCCCCCACCUGCAAGGACGGCGAAGUCUGCGCCUACGUCUUCCAGGACGUCUACUGCUACGAGUGUCCUUGCUACUACACGCACGACGUCACGUGUCUCAAGAUCACCAAGCAACAUGGCGCCUGUGGGCCGAAUGCCAUCGCCGAAGUCAGCGGCCGCCGGAAGUACAGCUGCGACGGCUGCAAGUCGGCCACCGCUGUGCUCACCCCGCCUACAAUCAGUCCCGGACCCUGAACACUCUCCUCCGCGCGUUACGAGAAGCGAAAGAAGCGUGCAUACAACUCUGGACUGUUUGCAGCCCCCACAUUUCCUACCGUACAGACCCAAAAUAAAUGGGCCUCUCUGAAAUUGACCGAAACCGUGCGCUGAGUCAUUCAGCCUAUAGCCGGGUAGACUGAUCGACUGAUAUUCGACUGAUCGUUCCGAAGAUUCCCUGAGAGACGUCGCUUUGCUAUGGACGGUUGGACUAUGGACACGUCACAGGCACAGACAGAGACGUUCAGGCGGAGCAGCUGCCCGACUCAACCUAACACCUAACAACGGUAUAGAGUCACGUAAGAAAGGAUCGAAGCUGUAUUUGGAAAACAUAUUGGCUGAUUUAGUAUCUUAAUAAAGCCUAGUAUUGCUGCUAUAA